AUGGGGAAGAAAGCCUGGGCAAAGAAGGUCAAAGCUACCCCGAUCCUUAGGGAAGAAGUUCCAGUAUCAACGGAAGAGCGACCGCCAAGCCCACCACCACAGCAGCAACCACCGGCGCCGGCUAUUCCACCGCCGCCCAUGAUUUCUUUGGACGCCAUGGUGGAGUUUCUUCAACAACAAGACCCUAAUCGGGACUGGACAGCUGCGUUGGCCGGUUUUGGUCAAAUGAGGGGCGCAGGAGCCGUAACCACAGAAGCUCCGCCUGAGCCGGUUAGUCAUACCAGAGUACAAUCGGAGGAAGAACCUCCCUUGGCGACAGUGCUACCGGAGACCUCAGAACCUGAUUCGGUGGAUCUCGACGCCAUCGCUGCCCAUUACGACUCCAGCCCUGAAGAACAUGAAGUGAGGAUAAGUCAGGAACAGAAAACCCAAGAAGAGGGCGGCGAAACAGAGACGACGCCGACAGCAGAGCCGAUUCCUCAAGGAGUGGCGAGAGAGGACAUAGAUCUGAAUGAGACGGCCAGGAAACAGGGCCUCAUGACGGACGAAGAAUUUUAG